AUGAAUGCGACUCCGCGACUUUAUCGACUGCGAAUCGCACUCUUUUCAAUGUCAAUUCGGUUCAUAGUGGUGUUAAAUCGCCAAGGGAAGUCCAGACUUAUCAAGUGGUUCGACUGUAGAUACCACAACCAAGACAAGCAAAGAAUAGUUUCCGAGGUUCAUAGGCUUAUAUCGACACGGGAUCUGCGGCACCAGUCCAACUUUGUUGAGUUCCAAAACAUCAAACUUGUUUAUAGAAGGUAUGCUGGACUCUACUUUGUUGCUGGAAUCGACCUCGACGACAGCGAGUUGAGUUACCUUGAAUCGCUACACUUUAUGGUGGAAAUAUUGGAUACUUAUUUCGACAGUGUUUGCGAACUUGAUUUGGUGUUCAAUUUCCACAAACUUUACACUAUUCUAGAUGAGAUCUAUUUGGGCGGCGAGAUCCAGGAGAUCCUGAAGCAGCGGAUUUUGGAUCGGUUGCAAUAUAUUGAUGGUCUUGCUUAA